AUGGCUGCAGCCAAUGCAGCCGUGGAGCGCACACAAGAGCAGCAAUCCAGCCCUGGCCGCUUCCACAGAACCCUGAAGAUGUUCCGGAAGUUUCUGCGAGUUCAGCGCAGAGAGACCGGGACCAGUGCAGCUGAGGGCCCAGCCGAGCCUGACUCGGGGCUGACCGAGCUCCAGGCAGAGCCUGAUGUCAGCCUGGAUUCAGCUGAGCACUCACAAGACUCUGACACCAUAAUGAAUGAGGACACAGCAAACGGAGACAAGGCAGUGACUGAGGACGUGGCCAUGACAAAUGCCAACACUGGAGAGACUGAAGCCACCGCAAAUCCUGACACCACGCCCACUCCAACUCUGAUCGAGGAAUUAAUACCAGAGUAUUUCAGGGACCCUUGUUUUUCGUCUCAGGAGCAGCUAAGCAGGCUGGGAUCAGGCCUGGAGGCCUCCCAGGACUUUGUGCCCCCUCAGGCCGUGAUCACUGGGGCCCCUCAGCCUUUGAGGCCAGCACAUUGUGGCGGGAAGGGAAGCUGGGGAAGUUGCUCCCUUGAAGAGCGCUCCAAGUUUCCCCCAGGUGUCCUCCAGGUGCCAGCCAUUGUAAGGAACAUCCACCAGAGGCUGGUGUCCCAUGACACUGUGGAUGCCAGGCUGAAAAUUGACAUUGUGAGGCUGGCUGAAGAACAUCCUGUUGAUGUGGUGCUGACCCUCCUGCGCUGUGCCCCAACGUGUGACAGCCAUUUCAGUCCCAAGGAAAGACACUAGUCUGUCCCACUGAAACCUGAAUAUUCACGCCCGGUUUGCCAGAAGAGCUGAAGAAUUAGGUCCAUCUUCAGGAUGCGGUGAACCAGUGUCCCAAGAACAGCAGCAGGAGACACUGAACAGGACACCAUCUCCCAUUGCCGCUGGAGCUCCAGGCACAGCUGAUGAUUGGUACAGCUGAGCCUGUGGGAAGCUCGCAUGGCUUCUGGCCUUUCCCUGCCUGUAGAUACCUCCCUCCCUCCAGCCCUCAGACACUGCCCAUUCCCUCUUCCCCUCCCAUAUCACCCCUUGUUUUUGGAUUUCAUUAAUAAACGGUUUGGCUUCUUCACUUUG